AUGGCAGGGUCGAUCGUCCGUAGCAGCAUCGAUUACCAAGUCGAAGGCCGCAUGAAUGACGAUGUACCAUUCCAGCCAUCUCCCUUCCUAGUCUUCCUGCGCCAGGAUAAUCCGUCCUGCCCUUCCUCAGCCUGUCACGAACAGUCGCUGGCCAGCCUCACUCACAUCAACACCUCCUCCAAUAGGCAGCUAGAAACAGAAAAUAACAUUCACUAG